GCCUUGGUCCUAUAUAUACUCCCACAUUUCGACAUGGCAGACAACAACCCCCAUCAUCCAAAUAACCAACCACAUAAACCAAAAUCGCCUGAUAUGGAAAAAUUCCUGUCAAGAUCACAAAGCAUUCACACCCACUCUAUGCCUCGGCAUCACAGAGCCAUUAUGAGAACUCCAACUCUAUCAGCCGGCAACGACCAGGCUUUCAUCGAAUUUUCCCGCUGUUUAUAUCAAGCCAAGACAAUCGUCAAAGAGCUCCAAGCCUUCAGUGCAAACGUUUCACCAUCUUUGCGCAUGUCUAUGUUGCGACAGAACAACUUGACUCAUGGACAAGACAACCAGAAGGAGACAGCCGAACAAUUUUUAAACAGUAUUCGGCACUAUCUCGACACCACAUUUGAAAAAUUUACAAGACUUUGCAAAGUACUACUAUUCGUCCUUACUAAAAUGGAGUCUUCAGGCUCUGUUCGCAUUGAACGCAUAACAAGUUUCCGAAGAGACGUUUGGGAUGCAUGGCGAGUAGCAAAUGAUAUCAAGGCACGCCUUACUGCCCUUAUUGCACAAGAGUCCAUGUUCCUUAACUAUGGUGACCAAGCAACACCCGUCUCAAUGGCAAGCAACAGCUACAUGCCACCCCAAUCACCCUCUGUGGGUGAACCAAGCACUCCAGAACUGAACUCCAUAGGCGUGCCAAGCAGCUUGUCUCAUCAAUCUCCUUCUAUCUCAUCAUCGCCCUGUUCAUCACCAUCUAAUAACUUUUCAUGAACGCUGUAUUACCCUUGCUGCAGCAAACCUGUUCUUGCAAACAAACCCACAUUGUCACAUACUGUUUCUUCUUGUUCAUAGCCAUACCAUAAUUCUUCUUAUUAGUUUCUUGUCUUACGUUCUUGUAGAUCACCCAACUGCCACCUUGUACAUACUCAGCAAAAAAUGUUUUCAAUAUAAUCACUAGUGGUCUUAGCUUGACCACUGCUUCCAAAAAAAA